GGCUAAUCAAACACCAUGGAGGUUUCACUAGCAUUGUAACAUAAAGCUCAUGCGUUGAUGUAAUUUGUCGUUUUUUAGUUAGAAAUUUAAGCUUAAACUCUGAAUAGAGAGAAAAUAGUAACAAAAAGAGGAAAAUACAAUAACCUGCAGUAAUAUUAGGAAUAACCUGCAAUGGAUAUGGCUGACACACCAGAGGAGAAAUCGUUUGUUUUGGAUCUCUUAUCUAAACGACAUCAGCUACAACUGUCAGGUGUUCGGCACAAGACCACAAUUCAGUAUGCAACACGAGCCGAUCUGCCAAAGCUGGCCUACAGAAAGCUGAAAGGGAAGAGUCCUGGUGUGGUUUUCUUGCCCGGUUUCGCCUCACACAUGGGUGGACAGAAAGCAGAAGCAUUAGAGGAGUUCUGCAAGUCUUUAGGGCACUCGUGCCUGAGGUUUGACUAUUCUGGCUGUGGAUCAUCUGAGGGCGAAUUGACGAACUACACUAUUGGAGCCUGGAAGAAGGAUGUGCUCUAUGUGCUGGAUGAGCUAGUAGAAGGCCCACAGAUUCUGGUGGGCUCCAGCAUGGGUGGGUGGUUGAUGCUGCUGGCUGCUCUUGCACGUCCUGAGAAAACAGCUGCUUUAGUGGGCAUCUCAACAGCUGCGGAUCACUUCGUCACAGCCUUCAACGCACUACCUAUAGAGACAAAGAAGGAGAUAGAGGAACAGGGCUUCUGGAAGUUCCCCACUAAGCACAAUGAAGAAGGUUUCUACACCCUGAGCCUGGACUUUCUGAAGGAGGCGGAAAACCAUUGCAUCCUCCACAGCCCUAUCCCCGUCUCCUGUCCUGUACGGCUGGUUCACGGCCUCAAAGACUCAGAUGUGCCCUGGCAUGUGUCCAUGCAGGUGGCAGAACGGGUACUCAGCAAUGAUGUGGAUGUCGUUCUGCGCAAACAUGGCCAGCAUCGCAUGUCUGAGAAAGAAGACAUCAAGCUCAUGGUGUACACUAUUGAUGACCUUAUCGAUAAAUUGACUACACUGGGCUGAGAGCGGUAUAACAGACACACCGUGAUUAAGAGAGAACAGCAUAUACAGGUAUCGGGUUUCUGGGAAAUAUGGUUUGGAGGUAGGUGGUGAAGUGAAAGAAGCCAAAUCAGUUGACAGGGAAAUCAACCAAAAGUGAAACCUUUUUUAUUUCAUCCUAGAGCCAUAUUAUUAUUUGUUGUUUUGUUAUGGAACACUAGUUCAGUGACCAGAUGCUGACAUUUUCCAGAAGUUUAUUUGACUUGUCAACUAUUCCUUACAUAGUCUUUUCAAGCCAUAUGAAAACUUUGUAUACUGUAAAAAGUGAUUAGUUGACUAAUUUAAAAAAGUGAGCAAACUGUUGCUUUUAAAGU